AUGACGCCGCUGAGCCUCAUGAUGUUGUUUCUGCUGUGGAUGUGCUGUACUACACCUAAAGCUUCUGCCAGAGCAGCGUGUGAAGACCCACCUGCCAUUGACUUUGGUGAAGUUGUUGGUGGAUAUAAACCAGAAUACGAGGAAAAUGACAGCGUGCAGUACAUGUGUGACCCUGGGUACACGUUAUCAGGUUCAGAACGGGUGACAUGCCGUGAAAAAGUCUGGACACCUGCACCGCCACAGUGUUUGGCUCCAUGUAUCAUUAGAAAACAGCAGCUGGAAGCCAAAAAACUACUUCUCUCCAAUGGCCGAAUACGCUCGCUUUUGAUUCCAAGUGGGCAGAAGAUGGAAUUUAUGUGCAUGACGGGAUACCAGCUCACCAACAGUUCAACCGUGAAGUGUGGUGAUGGGCACAUGGAUUUUCCUUCGUGUGUUUCUGAUAUGACAUGUGAACCCCCUCCAGAAAUUGCUGGUGGUAAAGUUCAAGGUGUUAAAAAGUCCAAGUAUAUGCCUGGGGAGAGAGCUCAGUAUCAGUGCUGGCAGGGUUUUCAGAUGACUGGGGAUUCCACUGUAGCCUGUGAGAAUGGCACCUGGACGAAGAGGCCAAAAUGCACAGGGAAAGGUGAAAAAUGUGGCCCACCUCCAGUAAUUGAGAAUGGAGAGCUUCUUUCGUUCCCGCUGCAAGAGUACGCAUCAGGUUCAACUGUGGAGUACAAGUGCCCCAAUCUCUACGUCCUGAAAGGAUCUCCCACUAUUAGAUGUGUUGGGGGGCAGUGGACAAAUCCCCCAGUUUGCUUAGUGGCUUGUACUGCAGCUGAAGAGGACAUGAACAGAAACAACAUUGAGCUGAGAUGGAUCGCAAGGAGCAAGCUGUAUGCAGAAUCUGGUGAUUUUAUCGAGUUUGAAUGUAAAAUUGGAUAUGAGCAGGACCCAGCAUCUUCUCCAUUCAGAGUACAGUGUGUACAAGGGACGCUAGACUAUCCCCAUUGCAAGCCGGGAAAGACAUGCAUGGUGCGUGAGAGUGAUAUGGAGCAGAACAAUAUUCAGCUAGCAUCAAGCCAGUCACAGCAUUCCACCUUUCUUGCCGGGGAAUAUAUUUAUUUUGAAUGUAGAUGGUGGCAUGCAAAAACUUCAAGAGAUGAGGAAUUUAAAGUCCAGUGCUUGGAUGGAGUUGUCAAGUACCCUAGAUGCCACUCAAGGCCCAAAGGGCAAUGUGGGGAACUUCAUGGCAGGAAACCUCACUUCAGUGCCUGGACAAACACCCAGUUGCGAGUGCCCCCAGGACACCUUUCUGGGCACUUGAAGGAGAAGAAGGUCAUGGACAGCAGCAGGAGUGGUCUGAGGAAUGGACCAGCCAGCACGGGUUUGCCUCAGCAAGCCCUGCGUGACCAACCUGCUUGGUCAAAUGAUCGGACCUUCGGGAAGAAGGUCAUGGACAGCAGCAGGAGUGGUCUGAGGAAUGGACCAGCCAGCAAGGGUUUGCCUCAGCAAGUCCUGCGUGACCAACCUGCUUGCUAA